CUUCCGUCGUUCUCCCUCCGACAAGUUCGCGUUAUCCUUGAUCUCUUGGACGCUCUACGAUGCAGCCCAAGUUGCCAAAGUUAUCUCCGCGGUCUCAGUUGUCCCUCCGAGGCGAAGUAGCCCAGUUGAUCCUGUUUGAGGCAAUUUGCCGCCGGAUCAAACAGAUCCUCUGGUUCAAUCUUGCGGUCGUCACUCUAAUCCCUCUUCUUGCCUUCUACGGUUCUUGCACGACCAAGUUAGACUCCCGGACCCUGCUGUUUUGUGUAUUCUUGUACCUGUUCAAUAUGAUUGGAAUCACAGCUGGGUACCAUCGCCUGUGGUCUCAUCGAUCGUAUAAUGCUUCGCGGCCACUGGAGUAUUUUCUCGCAAUUGCGGGCGGAGCAGCCAUUCAAGGCUCAAUCCAAUGGUGGGCGCGGGGCCACAGAUCUCAUCACCGUUACACCGAUACCGACCUUGACCCAUACGGUGCACAUCUUGGCCUCUGGCACACUCAUAUCGGGUGGAUGCUGGUCAGGCCUCGAGUCAAACCAGGCGCCGCAGACACAAGCGACUUGAGGCGGAACAGAGUUGUAACUUGGCAACACCGCUGGUAUUUUUAUAUCGCGUUCUUCUUCGGACUAAUUAUCCCCACAUGCGUCCCCGGUUACUUGUGGAGCGAUUGGCGUGGAGGCUUCUUUUAUGCGGGCUGCUUGAGAUUAACUUUCGUGCAUCAUUCUGUUUUUAGUGUCAAUUCCAUCGCGCACUGGCUCGGGGAGACGACGUUCGAUGACAAACUGUCCCCGAGGGACCAUUUUAUCACUGCUCUUGUUACUCUCGGGGAAGGGUAUCACAAUUUUCAUCACCAGUUCCCGAUGGACUAUCGAAAUGCCAUCAAGUGGUAUCAGUAUGAUCCGACAAAAUGGUUCAUCGCGGUGUGCUCUUACUUGGGUCUUGCCUCCCACCUCCGAGUUUUCCCGGACGGUGAAAUCAGAAAGAGCAAGUUGACUAUGGAACUGAAAAGACUGAAGAAGGAACAAGACGGACUCCGAAAGCCUGUGGAUCCGACCGAACUGCCGAUAAUCAGCUGGGAAAGUUUCGAAGAGCAGUCAAAAUUACAAUCACUCACUCUCGUGUCCGGAUUUAUACACGACGUCACCGACUUCCUGGAUGAUCAUCCUGGAGGGCGCUCCAUCCUGAAACCGAUGAUAGGAAAGGAUGCGACUUCCGCCUUUUUCGGUGGCGUGUACGAACAUUCCAACGCGGCACACAAUCUUCUGUCGGGAAUGCGUGUCGGCGUACUGCUUGGUGGUCAGGAGCACAUCUCCGAAGACGCCAUUCCACCCUGGCGUAGGCUAGAGAUCAUAACCCAGCCAAUAUCAAAAAAAUAAAUGCGGCGACAUCUUCCACUCCCAAAACUAACUCGCAGAUAUAGGAUCUACUCGGUCGUUUUGGAACGCAAAAUGUUUCCACCAUCCUUUUCGCUGCGGAGCUGACGUUUACUUUACACUUACGGUUCACGACCUUUUAUACGCCCUGUCUACACCCUCCACGCCUUGUACAUGUAGAUCAUCACGCUCGCCUAUAUUAUUUAGUUCAAUCUGUAGUCGACGAGGUGCCAAGAAAAAGAAUGAUAAUAUGUCGUAAAGUCAUGACUGGUACUUAGAUUGGUCUGCAGACAUACAUGAGGCAAUAUGAGAUCUAAACAACAUAAAUGAGUGAAUACGAGGGUAUAAAUGUCAUGUCAAAUAGACAAUAUCUCCAGUAGAAGUACGGUAUAUAUGACCACAGCAACGAAGAAACCUGAGAAGGGAAUGUGGUGUCAAGACGGCAACCGCGUAGGAUCCAGCUUAGAUGUCCAUGAUUGCAUUUCUUUCAGAUUAGGCGCAGCGAGAGCGUGCGAAUUAGACGAAGUAAAUAGGGUGAAGGCAAAUCGUUUCCCCAGGAGUGCUUCCAUCUCUUGAUUACUUUCCACGUUCACACCAUCGAGGCUGAUGACACUGACUUCCUCCAGCUCGUUUGAAUGCAUGUAGAUAUGCAGAUAUGGUCUUCGCAGAACAAACCACCGCCUCUCCCAAAUAUCUUCAUUUGCAUCUACCAUAAUCAUGAG